AUGGGAUCAAAUCACCGUGAGACACAAUCAUCAAUGUUGAGGAAAACUUUGCAUCUCAAAGCUAAAAAACUUGAAACUGAGAGUUUGAAGGUUUUGGGCCGCAUGUUAAAGAAACCGCAACAGUUGACCCUCGCUAGAAAGUAUGGGAAUGUCUUGGAUUUAUUGGAGGUGGAUGUUCAAGUUGAGGCAAUCACUGCAAUUGCACAGUAUUAUGAUUCACCUCUACGAUGCUUCACUUUUCAAGAUUUUCAGUUAGCCCCUACAUUGGAAGAAUUUGAGCGAAUCUUCGGGUUAUCUUUAGAAGAGGAGAAACCCUAUCGUUACAUUGGGCAUUACCCUUCCAUGCACGUUGUUGCUGAGAUUUUGAAAGUUCAGGUGAGAGACUUACAAGAAAUGAAGCAAAUUCGGAAUGAGACUGUGGGAUUUCCGAGAAAGUAUCUUGAAGAACAUCUUCACCGCUUAGCAGAAGAAGGGGAAUGGGACACUUUCAUUGAUGUGUUGGCCCUCACUAUAUAUGGCAUUCUCAUAUUCCCUAAUAUUGAUGAAUUUGUGGACUUUGCAGCCAUUGAUGUAUUUGUGGCGCGCAAAUUCAAACGUGAAAACCCAGUCCCAGCCAUUCUUGCUGAUGUUUACUAUACCUUGAGCUUUUGUCAUGAAAGGAAAGGGAAGCGAAUCUUGUGUUGUUUACCAGUGUUGUUCAUAUGGCUCACUGCUCACAUGUUUAACAGAGGAUACAAAGCGGCGUGCCCGAUCGCUGAUUUUCGGAUGUAUCAGUUGAAAGCCAAAAGUGGUCGCGAGUGGGUGGAAACUUUAGCCAAGCUUGAUGGAAAAAGUGUUCGAUGGUAUCCUGAAUGGGCAAAAAUAGAAGCUUUGGUUUACCAAUGUGGAGAUUUUCCCAAUGUGCCUCUGCAAGGUACUCGUGGAUGUAUCAAUUACAAUCCAUCUUUGGCCUUGCGACAACUUGGUUACCCUAUGAAAGAAGCUCCUACUGAAGACAUGACAAUUUCUUUCCUCCUUUAUGAUCUGAGCCCUGAAAAUACCACAAUGAUCAAAAAGGUUCGAAAUGCGUGGGACAAGGUAGUACGAAAGGGUAAAGAAUUGGGAGUAAGAAGCUGUGAUUGCAAAGAAAACUAUCGUCAAUGGGUUAAAGACCGAGUUAAAGAAGUCAAGUUACCAUUCCAAACUCCUGUAACUCUUGUGGUCAGCAAAACACCAAUUCUCGAACCUAUUGAAGAUGAAGAGGUGAAGGAAGUGAAGGCUAGGUUGAUGAAGGUCGAGAUAGAGAAAAAGAAGCUAGAACAAGAGUUGGAUGAAACAAGGCAAACAUGUCGGGCAUUGGAACGAAAAAACAUUGAGAGAGACCAUAGUUUUGAAAGGACUAAUAAGAAGGCUAGAAAUGAAGAACACCUCAAGCUCAAAACACAGGAUUGCUUAAAAGCAGCAAACAAGGAAUUGGGACUUCGAGGGCAAGAAAGGGAUAAGGCCCUGGCUGAAAACCAACAAAUCAAGAAGUCACUUAGAAGCAGUAAAGCAGCUGAAAAGGAUGCAUUAAGACAAGCGGCCCAUAUACAACAACAUAUGGAAGAAGUAGUGGCCGGAUAUCAGGAUGUGAUCCAGAGAGGGCAGGAAGACAUGCAAAGGUUAAGAGACCAUAUUCAAGAGCAAGAAGCAGUCAUUACUGAGAUUAGAGAAGAUGUUUCUUUCUGGAUGACUCGUUUCUCAAAUUUGGUCAAGAUUUCUAAUAGGGCAAUCAUAGAUGUUCCAGAUCUUUUGAAGAUGGCCGACAUGAUGGUAAAUCCCCUCAGCACCCCGAUGGAGAUUUGUGACUUCAUAGAUCAUUGCAAAGAUUUGGUUAGGGAAAUGAAACAAUUGGUUAGUGGGGGCAUGUGA